GGCGCAGCCUCUAUACAGCGCUUUGGGUGAACGGCACCAUGACUUUCCCCAAAGUAAAACUCUCACUGUCAAAAGCCCUCGGCAUCAUGAAUAGUCACCACGGAUUCAAACACAUCACCAUGUGUCCUCAUCACAGCGGUGGGGAGAAGACAAAAUCAUUUAUUGAUUGCUCAGGCGGCCCUGUCUUUUCAACUCAUGUCAAGAACAGUUUCUCACUGUAUCAGGGCUGUUGCUCAGACAUACAGCUUUUCUUGUCGCGUAACAUGACAUGCUGAGCCUACAGGUCGAGAGUUUUGCAUAUAUAUAAUGUGGAGAGCUACGAUUCUCUUAACCCAGCUUCCUUCCAUUGUCAGGAUGUACUUCUUCGCUUCGCUUCUAUUCUCAGGAGCUGCGAUCGCUCUUGCGCACGCUGAAGAAGCCAAGCGCGACGCAAGUCAGCCCUACUUCAACAUAUAUCAAGGUCCAAAUGAGCAAGAUUCGAUCAUCAAUGAUCCUUCUACUCAGCUGGAUUACACCCUGUCUGGGGGAGAGGCAUAUCCCAACCCGUACAUGGCAGACAGACUAGGAACGACUGGCCCUCUUCUGAUUUCGUCCACUAACCUGGCAAGGAAUUUCCUUGGGAUAGCGUCGAUCUUUCCUAAUAUACAUCUCAGAUCGAAUCACUGGCUCACUUUGUCCCCUGAGCGCACUAUCCACGCAAAAGGCGGAGGUGCUCAUGGUUGGUUUGAAGUGACCACACCUGUGGGUGCGAACUAUUCGAUGGCGAGUGUCUUCUCGGAGGUUGGCAAGCGUACCCCAGUCACUGCCCGGUUUUCUACAAUUGCCGGUAAUCUGGGCAACGCGGAUACUGUUCGAGAUCUGCGAGGGCUCGCCUUUAAGUUGCGCACAGAAGACGGAAUCUUGGACUGGCCCUUCUUAAACCACCCUAUUUUUUGGCUUCGCGAUCCAGGAAAAUUCCCUCACCUCACCCGUUCUCAGAAACGCAACCCUCAGACAAACACCCUGGAUUACAAUAAUUUCUGGGAUUACAUUUCCGCGAAUAAUGAAUCAAUCUACCAAGCCAUGCGUACCAUGUCUGACCUCGGGACUCCUUACGGGUUCAGGUAUAUGAGUGGCUGGAGUUGCAAUACAUUCCGCGCUGUGAAGGCAGAUGGCUCGUGGGUUUACAUCAAAACCAUCGCAGUGUCGGAUCAAGGCGUCAGGAACAACACUAAUGAAGAGGCCAUCGUGCAAGCUGGCGUGAGCCCCGACUUUGGCGUCCAAGAUCUUUAUGACUCCAUUGCAGCUGGAAAUUACCCCAGCUGGACAAUUUACUGGCAAAUCAUGACGCCUCAACAAGCCGAGAAUUAUAAAUACAACAUCCUAGACCUGACCAAAGGCACGUUUUACUGUCCUCAAACUAUAUUCUUGACACUCACAUUUCUAUUUCUAGAAUGGCUCGUAGAAGAUGUACCUUACCAGGAAAUCGGUCGGAUCACCCUUGUUCAGAACCCGACUAAUUAUUUCGCAGAGGUUGAACAAAUUGGUUUUGACCCUGCCAACAUGCCUUAUGGUCUCGAACCUUCCGCGGAUCCCACACUGCAAGCACGAUUGUUCGCUUACGCUGAUGCCCAGCGAUACCGCAUUGGAGUUAACGGCAGACAACUCCCAAUCAACUGCCCUCUCAAUCCUGUCGCGAAUUUCUUACGUGAUGGUGCCAUGAACUUCAACAACCAGGGAAAUCGCCCGAACUUUUGGUCGCAGCAGGAUCUUCUUGGGCUUGCUCCUCGGCCGUAUAAUGACGAUAAUCACACCAUUUGGACUGGUGGUGCUGUCAAGUACCUUAGCGUACCCAGCGAGAUAGAUUUCGAUCAACCAAGGCUCUUCUGGAAUGGUCUAUCUGAACGUGAUCAAAACAACUUGAUCUCCAAUGUCAUCUGGCAUCUUGGCCAGGCCAGCGACAUGGCCAUUCGCACCAAGCAGUGCCAGCUCUUUCAACAUGUGAAUGAGACUUUAGGUCAAGCCAUUGCGAUGGGAGUGAAUGUCACUCUGUAG